AUGUCCAACCUGGAUUUUUGCGGAGCACCAGCUCCAUGUGCAUAUGCGAUGUUUUUUAGUGAGAUCUCCAGCUGCAAAGCUCCUGGAUGCGGACUGCAAGAUGCAGUGCGGCAGAACUGGAAGGGCUGGAGACUAGCCAUUCCACGACUGAGCGGUUUGCUCUUUCUGUGCGCAGUUUGUACGGUGGGCGCCAAUGUCGGAAUGACGCUGGGAAUCGUUUUGAGUGGCCAGGUCACUGCAACUGCCUGGCAGCCACUGCAAUUGGUUUUCACAACGCUGCUGUCGUUGAUGCUUGGUUUGGAAACUGCUAGUGGCCCCAAAUUGGUGGGCCUUGCUUUGGGCAUAGCAGGAGCAGGGCUCAUUGUCUUGCUGGAUCCUGGUGUGUGGCAUCCAAACACUCAGAAGCACCACUCAGGCUGGGGUCAUGUUGCUCUUUUCGUUAAUUCCCUUUCAGCCUGUCUGCUAAUCCUGCUGAGGCGGCAGCUGGCCCGAAAGCAUUCAGCCCUCCAAGUCGUUGCUUGGACACACGUGGUGGCGCUGCCCAUGCUUGUAAUUUUCGGCGUGGCUGGAAAUCAGUCAGUGCCCUUUAGAGCUGCAGCUUGCGAUGGCUGCGCGAGUGUCACGGCUCCUCCGAACUCAUCUCUUGGUUGGAUGGCACUGAUCUUCUAUACGGUCGUGCCAACUAUGAUUUGUCAGAGCCUCACAACGUGGGCUGCUAAGCACGCAGAGCCCUCCAUGAUGGCGAUGUUCCCAGUGCUACAGCCGGUCGCAAGCGCAUCUUUGUCCUGGAUUCUAAGAUUGGCUGCGCCAAGUCUGAGGGAUACGCUUCUGCCACCGCAGUGGAAUAUGCUUGGCGGUUUGCCAGUUGUGCUGGGCUUGUGGCUGGCAAGGACGAAACUGGAGUCCUCGCAUGUCCUCGCAUGCCAAGGAAGAGUCAAACUUCCACCUCCAAAUGCAGGACAGCUGACAGAGUUCUUUCAGGACUACCGCACAUUGGAUGAUAUCCACCGCACCUGGGCUGCGUUUGAGCUGCCUUUGGUCCUGGAGAUCACCAGCCCAAGUGGAAAUGUGGCAGAGAAGCCUUGCAUUUUCCUCGAGGGUGGCAUCCACUCGCGGGAAUGGAUUGCUACAUCGACAGUGUUGUACAUCGCAGGUUCACUAGUGCAAGAUGCAAGCGCUGAUGUGCAGAGCAUGCUGCAGCACUUCCUCUUCACACUGCUGGUCCCAGUCAACCCUGAUGGCUAUGUCUAUUCCUGGGAGGUGAAUCGCAUGUGGCGCAAAACACGGAGCAAUCGGAGCAACUAUUUGUGCCAUGGAGCCGUGGCUGGCGUGGAUGCCAAUCGCAACUGGGGCGUUACCUUCGGCCAGACUAACAGUGCUCCCUACGAAUUGGAAUUGCACAAUCCAUGUUCAGAAGUCUUUAUAGGCCCUGAGGCAUUCUCGGAACCGGAGACCAAGGCGGCUUCAGAGUACAUGAAGGAAAAACAGCAGAACUGGCGGUCCAACUCGAAAGCUGGAGCCGGUUAUGUAGCCGCCUUCAUUGACUAUCAUUCCUACGCCGAGGCAAUGCUACCACCAUGGGCGUAUACUGCAGAGACCCCGGCAGAUCCUGAUGGCUCAUACCAGACGUCUUUGACGAGCUUUAUCAACGAAGCAUUCUACAACACAUCGGGGCGCACGUUCAAUGCAGGAGCAGAUGUGUUCCCUCCUGAUCCUGGCACUGGCCCUGACUGGGCAUACGGGCUUCUAGGAAUCCGAGCUACUAUGACCAUUGAACUUGAAGGUCACAGCUUUUGCUUGCCAGCCACCCAAAUCCAGAACGUUGGCAAAGAGCAAUUCGCGGGAGUGAAGGCUUUAGCAGCUUUCAUCCGACAACAUGGUGGAGAACCAUCGGCUCAAGUGGGCAUUUUUGCGCCAGGCAAUGGAAGCACUGCUCGGGAUCUCGUUGCUGCCAACCAUCAACCUGUCUCUCGUGGUUGGCUCAUUGCAGCUGUGGCCGGCAGUGUGAUUCUGGUGGUCUUUGCCUCGUUGGUGGCGAUGCGGAGCUGGUUCAAUUGGUUCUCCACAUCGAGGAGGGAUUAUCAUCUUGAAUCCGCCAUUGAGUUGGAAUGA